AUGGUCGACUGCCACACGGUUUCGCCGACGCCGUCUACUCGUUCCCCGCCGGGCGAGUUGGACGACGGCCUCCUCGCGAAGUUGAUCGCUCGAGCGGCCACUCAGGCCGUGGCGGCCGCCCAGGCCGACGGUGCGACGCCCGCCGACUGCCCGAUCGUGAGCCGCAUCCGAGGCCAGCGCGUCGCAGCUGAGGCCCUUCUGGGAGCGGCUUUCGUGCAGCCGAACGUUCGGCUCGGUGUUGCUGAGGGCGCUGGAGUAUCUUCGGGAUGCGCUGACGGUGCGAUCGUUGGAGGGGCCAAGACGCCGCCUGCUGGUGUCUGGAGGGUGGCGGAGGUCAACAACGCCCUGGGCCUUGACUUCGGCCUCGAGGUGAAGCUGGUGACCGUGUCCGUGGGCGUCAAGGGUAUUUAUGCUCCGAACGGCAAGGACGCGGUGUUUGUGGAGUUUAGUGGCGAGGAGCCGUUGGACUUCACAGCGCGUCUUGCCCCGCGCGAGAAAGCCAAGGUCCCGAAGUUCCAACCUGACGUCCGCGCUCUUUCCGUGAAGUGCGGCCCCAGCGGGCGCAUGCGACGGUGGGGCUUUGCGGAGCACGAGACCCUGCUCCGCAUCAUCGAGCUGGCGGGCCAGCGCGACCAGCUCGACAUCAGCAACUUGGCGUGCAUGGAGGCCUCAUUGAGGCGCGUGCAGACCAUCGGGUGGGCGUGCCACGACAAGAUCAGAGAGACGGACGCUGGUUCGAGCUCCCGCCUCUCGAUCGAGGAGGCCACCGCCUUUUCCGGGCUCAGUCGGUCUGGAGACCUCCUGAUGGUGGCACCCUCAUAUUUAGAGCGCGCGAAGGCGCAGGUGGAGAAGGACGCGGCAAUCACGAACAAAAACAUCAGGAAGGCGAAAGAGGAGCGCGAGCUGCGCCGCAAUCAGAAAGACAAGCCGGGGAAGAAGCAGGGCACUCAGCGCUUGGUGAUCGACUGCCGCCCCUCGAACUGCUGGUUCUCUCCCUCCGACCCGGUCGAGCUGAGCGCCGGGGCCGCCCUUGGCAACAUCGAAAAGCCCGCAGGGGCUACCCUCUACGUAGGCCACGUAGACAUCAAGGAUGCCUUCUACCACUUCCUUCCAGCUCGCGCGGGCUUGUUGCCGGCGCGGCGGGCGCUGGGCCGCGGCGCCAGUGCUGCGGGCGAGAGCUGCUGGCGGCGCAAGACGGCCCACAAGGCGCCCCUGGCCACGGGCGCGGAGCGCGACCAGUACCUGCAGGACCGCUUGGUGCGCGCCGCUGCGGUUCGGCGGCGACGCCUGGAGUUCCUCAGCGAGCUGGACCAGCGGCUGGAGCUCAACGGCCUCUCUGCCAGGCCGCGCCCGAGCGCCCCCCUGGAUGCUGGCAUGCUGGACCUCCUCGACCUCGGCGUGAGCGAGUGGGUGACCGAGUGGGUGACCGAGCAGUGCCUGAAGGGGGUCGACCACUGGCGAGGGGCGAACCCGAUGGCAGCCUUGGCCUCGGCCGAUCCUCGCCUGAGCAGUGGGGGGCGCCACUUGCUCCCCCAGGCGCGGCAGGCGUCGAAGGGGUGGCGCAACCUGGCCCCAGCAGCCAGUCGCUUGCCGCUCCCAGCCGAGGUGGUGUCCGCCAUCGCAAUGGAGCUGCUGGCGGUCAAUUGCUGGGACAUGGCAAUGUGCGCGAUGCUGUCGCUCGCGUUCCUCAUGCGGCCAGGCGACUGGAAGACCGUCGGAGUGGACGAGGCCAGCCUGCCAAGCAAGACGGAGGAGUUCGACGAGUCGCUGUUGCUGGAUCUUGCCGACGACCAAUGGCCGGGGCCGCUGCGCGUGCGGCUCAUCGAAGGCCGAGGGCCGCAGGAGCCGCUGUUCUCGUUCAGCAAGGCCGAGUUCGCGCGCCUCUUCAAGAUGGCAGGCGCCCGGCUGUUGCUGCAACGGCCCCCGCCGCCGUGCGUCCUGAGGCACUCGGGCGCGAGCCGCGACUUCGCCGAGCAGCGGCGCUCCCUCGCGGGCGUGAAUCGCCGCGGGCGCUGGCGAACGGACGCCAGCGCACGGAGGUACGAGAAGGGCGGUCGCCUGGGCACCGAGUUCGCCACGUUGAAGAUGCGCCUCCAAGUCCACGCGCGAUGGUGCCUCAAGUACCUCCUCGCGGCGCUUCACGGGUCGCUGCAGCCGCGCGGGUUCCGCGGCCUUUGA